CACAACUCUUGCUCUCUUCUUUGUGACCACCCACCAUGCCACCCCCGACCGCAUCCCAAAAGCCCGCGCCAAAGCUCAACGGCAAGACGGACAAGCCCGUGCCCGCCGCGGCGGAGCACGAGGAGCACAGCGGCAAGCCGGAUCAGAACAAGUACAACGCCGAGCAGGAUGCGCUCAACAAGGAGAUUGCGGCGCUCAAGGCUAAGCAGGACGCCCUCCGCAGCCGCAUAGCCCUCACCCAGGCGCCCAAGGGCGAUGACAGACGCUCGCAGCUCAAGGCUGAGAUGGACGCGCUGCGCGGCGAGCAGGGAAAGUUCAAGACGGAGCGCGGCAAGCUGUUCGACGAAAUGCGCAAGCUCCAGGACAGUGUCAACAAGAAGAUCAAGGAUGUUCAGGCGCAGCGCCAGAAGACGGGGUUCAAGAACGUCGCUGAGGUCGACGCACGCGUGGCGGCGCUCAACGCGCAGGUCGAGUCGGGCACGAUGAAGCUCGUCGACGAGAAGAAGGCGCUGCAGGAGAUCACGAUGCUUAAGCGUGCCCGCAAGACGAUGGAGGCGAGCGGGAGCUCGGACGAGGCGAUCGCUGCGGACAAGGAGCGGAUUGAGGCGCUCAAGAAGCAGCUGGACGACCCCGAGGCCAAGAAGGUGUCGGAGCGGUUUGACGCGCUCAAGAAGGAGAUGGACGCGCUGCGCGCCGAGGGCGACAAGGCGUACGCCGAGCGCAACAAGCUGUACGACGAGCGCACCGCCAUCUCGAAGCAGAUGGACGACCUGUACGCGCGCAAGCGCGACGCGGCGCAGGCCUUCCACGACGCCAAGGACAAGUACUACGCGAAGCAGCAGGCGAUCCGGCAGGCGCGGCAGGAGCGCUUCAAGGCCGAGAAGGCCAAGGAGGACGCUGCGCGCCGCGAGGAGGAAAUUACGCAGAUGCGCGAGGACGCCAAGGCGCCCGCGUACGCCUCUGAAAUCGAGGACUGCACCAUCCUCAUCAACUACUUCGCUGGCAAGUACGGCGUGGGCGAGGUGCCCGCGACGAGCACGGAGAAGAAGGCGACGACGAUCGCGGGCGUCAAGGCGCCCGAGGUGCGCCAGGUCACGUCCGACUUUGCGGGCAUGCAGCUCAAGAAGAAGGACGACGAGCUUGACGGCUGGUUUGCCGGCUCGGGCAAGGGCAAGAAGAAGGGGCGCAAGGGCGCGAGUGCGACUGGCUCCAACGCCGCGUCGGGGACUGCGACGCCCACCGCCCCGGCCCACGCUGACAGCGUCAACCUCCCCAUGCACCUCCUGAGUGCGCUGCUGGGCUUCGGCAUCUCGCCGCCCACGGGCAAGGACGACAUUGCGCGCGCCGUGUCCGACCUCGAGACGAAGAAGGCAUGGUUUGAGGCCAACUCGGAGCAGAAGACCAAGGACGAGAUCGCGCGCGUCGAGAAGCUCGUGGCCAAGAUGCAGAAGAAGAAUGCGCCGGCCGAGGGCGACGACGAGGAGGUCGAGUCCGAGGAGGCUAAGGACGAGCCUGCGGCCGCGGCCGAGGCCGAGGCCGAGAAGACCGAGGCGUAGGACGCCAAUCUUAUAUGUCAGGGAUGCAUGGCCCGUGGGCUGUCACAACUAAA